GGAGGUCAACCAGGUGAAAUGGGAAUCUGCCCCAGGGCAUCAAAGCCUCGUCCUGCAGCUCCACAGCUGCAACGAGGAGGAGGAACAAACAUGGCGGCCGGCUACGCGUGGUUCCUUGUGCUGGGGUCGGUUUUUCUGUGCAAUCUCAUGAAAUCCCUCCUGCCAACCAUCUCCUCUUUCCUCACAAAGAUGGUGCAGAAAGAUGCUGAGCAGGAGAGCGAGAUGAGGACCGAAGUCCACGAGAUGAAGAAGGAGCAGGCCUCGAUCAGCAUGAUGGAUGAGUUUGCUAGAUAUGCCAGGCUGGAGCGCAAAAUCAACAAGAUGACAGACAAGCUGAAAACACAUGUGAAAUCAAGAACAGCCCAACAGGCCAAAAUGAAAUGGGUUGUGAACAUCGUCUUUUAUAUACUGCAGGCUGCUGUGAUGAUCUCCUUGAUAUGGAAGUAUUACUCUGACCCAGUGACAGUGGUCCCUAGUAAAUGGAUUGCCCCAGUGGAGCGCCUUGUGGCCUUCCCAACAGGAGUUGCAGGUGGAGUGGGAAUCACGUGCUGGCUGGUGGUUUGCAACAAAGUGGUAACGCUGGGUCUCCAUGCCGUCAGCUAGAGAUGGCAGCCGAGUUAAACACACUGCUUCUCUAACGCAUUGCUCAACUUUCACUUGAUGAAAGCCUUAUUUAUGUUAUUUUUUAUUUUCAGCUGCUUCAGGUCAACACGAAAAAAAUGCAGUGCAUUUUAGCAUUGGCUGUUUUUUGUAUUGAUGUUUGAUUUUGUUCUUCUUGUUAUUAUGAUUUUAAGUUAAUUGUGAUUUAUGUUUUGACCAAAUUGUACCUGAACAAUGGUUUUUGAAAUGUUGAACUGCCUUUUUAUCAAAAUAAAACAUCAAGAAAAGAUUGUAAUGUUAUAAUUUGGGAAUUCACAAACAAAAUCAAGUUGGGUUGUUGUCCUUCAAGUAAAAUUGUAAAGGAUAAACACAAAGUAGAUGGAUCACAAUGGAGCGUGUGUAGCUUUUGGUCAAACAACAAUUUAUUCAGAGACACUUGAAUAUUAGAAAAAUCUUCUGCCAAUAUAGAUAAGCUUUCUUCAUCCCCUUUUCCUCUGUGUGUAGCAGCUGGGGAGUAUGGGUGUAUCUGAUAUUUUUUUGACCUCAGUUCUGAUGUUUAGUCACCAAGUCAGGGACUUUACUUGGACCAAACAGCUCUUCAUCAGCCUGCUCUCUCUGUUUUUUUACUCACCCUGAGCGCUUCCUACUUCACCUUUCCUUGAUUUUUCCCAGCUGUAGGA